CGCAGUACAAAGUCAAUCCGCUCAGCUCCGUCAAGUUCCUUAUCUACGUCCUGCAUGAUAGGCGAAGCAUGUCCCUAUAUGGUGGGGUUUUGCGAUUGCGGGGUUGAGCUACACCUGCUGUUUGUGUACUUUUCCUUAUCGUAUCUUCCUAUCGCUGGGAUGGCAAUCAUACAUUGUCAAAGACGACAGGUGUCCAUCACGCCUUGUUGAUCAUGGCGUGACUGACAUGUACAAGCUUCAUCUGCUAGACUCUUGCGAUACUCCGACGCCUUUUGCUUCCUCACAUGUCCACAACGCCCACCUCAAGCCAAUACUUGACACCACUCACCAUCUGCAAAUAUGGCACCAGUCGUCGACGUCCACACUCACAUCUAUCCACCGGCAUACGUGUCGCUCCUCCGCUCACGCAAAGAUGUUCCAUACAUGCGCACCUUCCCUGACAACCCCUCCGCCGGUGAACGUCUCGUCAUCCUCCCCAGCGAGGAUGCAGCUACAUCCACUGCACGAGGCCGCCCAAUCGGCCCCGAAUACUAUGAGGAAGAGGAGAAGAUCAAGUUUAUGGAUAAACACCACAUUGACAUUUCUGUAAUCUCGCUCGCAAAUCCAUGGUUGGAUUGGUGUGACAAGGGAGAGGCGGCCGAGGCUGCAAGGAUGAUCAACGAUGAUGUUGAAGCUGUGUGUGCGAGACAUGCAGGCAGAUUAUAUGCUUUUGGUACGCUGCCACUAUCUGCAGGUGCCGAGGCAGUGGUAGAGGAGAUCAAACGUCUGCAGGCACUCAAGUACUCCCGUGGCGUCAUCAUUGGCACCUCGGGUCUUGGUGCGGGUCUCGACGAUCCUGCUAUGAACCCCAUCUGGAAUGCUCUGCAAGAGACCAAACAACUCGUCUUCUUGCACCCCCAUUACGGACUUCCCGCCUCCGUGUAUGGAGACCGAGCAAACGAUUACGGUCACGUCCUCCCCCUCGCUCUCGGCUUCCCCCUCGAAACCACAAUCGCCAUAACCCGCGCCAUCUUGAGUGGAGUCUUUGACCACUACCCCAACCUCGAAAUCCUCCUCGCACAUUCCGGCGGCACUUUACCCUUCUUGGCCGGUAGAAUUGAAUCUUGCAUCGCUCACGAUGGACACUUGAAACAUGCAGGUAAAACCGAGGGACGCAGAAGUAUUUGGGAGAUUUUAAAGAGCAAUAUUUAUCUUGAUGCUGUGGUGUAUGCAGAGCCGGGGUUGAAAGCAGCGAUUGAAGCGAGUGGGAUGGAUAGAUGUAUGUUUGGAACUGAUCAUCCGUUUUUUCCUCCAUUGGAGGAUGAAGGGGAUGAGUGGGUUAGUGUCAAGACUAAUGCUGAGGCGGUAGGAAAGGCAUUUGGAACAGAUGAAGCAGCGCGAGAGGCUGUUAUGGGUGGAAAUGCUGUUAGAGUGUUGAGAUUGGGGUGAUGAGUUCGUCUCUUUUGAUCUCGAAGAUAUGGAUUUGUUGUAUAUGUAAGACCGGACCUCUUUUUACCGUCGAUUUGCAUGACACCCUGGGUGAUGAUGCAGCUCUCAUACACUUGACCCUGUCAGGUCCCUUCUACUGCCAUGUCGAGAUCUCGACUCUCUUGCCCAUGCACUGCCAUAUCUGGCCAAGUUCUUUUGACGCACAAGAGGGCCUGGCACCGC